GCCCGCUAUUCCAAAUGGGGAUCUUCUGCGGAAGGGGGGGGGGGGGAAAGGGGAGGGGCGGCGUCCCUUCGCACGUGUCUUCCUGUUUUGGAUUCCUCUGUUGUGUCAUGGUCUCUUACAGGGCAUUUCCAUCUGCGUUACCGACUCAAUGCCGAGCGGGAUGGACAGUUGUUACUACAGUUCUUUGCCAUCUGUGCAGUCUCUUCGCACACCCGUGCCCCAUGCUGCUGAGACCUCAUGUGAGAGCCGGUCUCCAGACGUUGCCAUCACACCAUCGAAACGUGGCCAUCCUGCACACCGUGCUGAUGGUAUGCCCAGACGUCGCGCACGUCAUCUGGCCGUGCCAUCUUCCAAUAUGAACGUCGUGCGACGUCUUCGCCUUGACGACAUCAUUAACGACGCCGUCGACUUGCCUUCUAAUGCCGGCACAGGACCGCCGUACGGGUCUGUUGAACCUUCUAUUCGGGUGAAUUCAUCACCAGCAAGUGACACUGGCGACCGGUGUGCUCCCAUGGACAUGCUACCGCCGCCGUCAUGCGAAGGCAGUGGAGGAGGGGGGGGGCAUGUUGCUCGUUUGUCGGACGUUGACUUGCCGGUCGGAGAGGAUACCGCUGCGGGUGCAGCCAUCAUUGGAGAGCUCAUUGCAGAUCGGACUCCUCAUUUCGGCCCCGUGCACACAUUUUCACAAUCGGGAACUUCCUGCAGUACCAUAGCUAUGGCAGCUUUAUCUCGGGAGAGAAUUGUUAUAGCCUACAAUCAGAGAGACACAUCAGGACGCGUCAUUCCUUUAUUACGGGUGGGACUAGUUCGAGGAAAGCACGUCACUUUCACAAAUGCGACACAGAUAGGAGGUAGUGGACUCGACGGAUUUGCCCUUGCUGGAUUGUCGCCAGACAUGUUCGUAUUAGCAUAUCGCAACCUGCGCUCGAAGGAGGUGAAGGUUUCAAUGGGAAAUCUGGAGAUAACAAGUCCCCCCAAGCGCACAAGAUCUGGAGCUAUGCCAUCAACUGAGAAUGACAGGGGAGGUGAGCAGCAUGGGGGGGCAGAUGAAAUGGACUUGUCAACGAUUUCCAAUUACGAGGAUUACUAUCCUGGCGAGGAAGCCGAUGCCGAGGGAGGUGAGGGCAACCAAAACCACGCAGUUAAUAUUGCCGACAGGAGCGCAGAGGGUGGUGCCCAGUCUGAGAAGUCUGGAACACAAUCAUUCAGAAUAUCACAGAGGAAGGCUGGGAUGAUGCGGAAUGAUGGGCGAACACGAUCAGAUUCUACAGAAUCGCUUCUACUUCUUCAAGGUCAUGACUCAGAUGACUCCUCCCUUCGCCUGUCGUUGGGAGACGGGAGUACUGUCACGGGCUCAGCUCAGUCUCUGACAUACUUGUCAGUCACCUCGCUGACACCCGCACGAGCUGUUGUUGCGUUUGCUGAUAAUGCAGAGUGAAAUCUAAUUAAUGAAUUUAAUUUUUAUUU